AUGGUUGAGGACGGAGGGUGCCUCAGCACGACAGCCGUUGAAGCGGCGGACAGCGUCCUGGACCUGAUAAGGUUAGACGAGAUGAAGCCCUGCAAAACAGUGGUGGUACAGCUGGCUGCUGAGCUCCUCGGCACGUUCCUGCUGGUGGUCGUCGGGUGUGGCUCGACUACAACGGCGUGGUCGGAAGGCUACCAGCCGACGACUGUUCAGGUGGCCCUGACAUUUGGACUUACUGUCGCAUGCAUCGUGCAGACGCUGGGCUACGUAAGUGGCGCUCACGUGAACCCGGCAGUGACUGUGGGCCUGGUGGUGGGCGGCUUCCUGGGCCCGCUGAAGGCUCUGCUGUACGUGACGGCGCAGUGCGUGGGCGCCACCGCUGGCUCAUUAGUGCUCCAGGCCCUGACACCCAACGAGACGGUCGCAACACUAGGCGUUAAUGCCUUGAAUCGGCACGUGACGCCGACGCAGGGCUGCUUCGUCGAGAUGGUCAUAUCAUUCAUGCUCGUGAUGGCCGUGUACAGCGCUGCCACAGGGGCGGCAGCAGGACCCUUCACUGUCGGCAUGUCUGUAACAGCCUGCCACUUGUUCGCGGUGUACUGGGUGGGACCGUGCGUAGGCGGUGUUGCUGCGGGUAUCGUCUACCAAUACUUCAGACGAGAAGAGCCUGUGGAUGCAUCAGAGAGUAGGGCUUCUCCAGGCCAAGCUUCUGGCAUGGCCUCAGGGAUAGCGGAACGGAAUGUAUAA